CUUGGUUUUGAUAUAGCAAUAUCUACAACUGGUGCGCAAUGUAUACGCAAAAUUUUACUAUAUAUAUAAACCCCCAGUUUUAUAAUAUUGUCAUGUGACUAGAGGCGUUACCCUAUAUAUUUUUUUUUUUUUCUACCCCACCUCGGGGCAUCAAGAGUAUCACGGCGUCUCUUGCCUCAAGCACAGUGCGACGUCGCGACGCGCCACGUGCGGUCCACUUUGGCGCUUAUAAAAUACGAAUAUCAUUUCCUUCCUUCCUUCCUUCCUUCCUUUUCAUUCAUUCAUCUAUUUAUCUAUCUAUCGUAUAUUAAACGUGAGUUACUAUUAUUAUACAUAUAUCUAUUUUUUAAUUAUUAAUAAAACCCUCCCAAAUAUUCAAAAAGUCAAAACAAAUAUAAUUCAUCAAUAAAAGCAAUAGCUUGAUUUUAAAAUUUACAUCAUCCCUUAUUCCCCUUUCCCUCUUUUACCCCUUUUUAAAAAAAAAAAAUCUCUUCCGCCCUCCUCAUCUCUCCUUUCUCUUGACUGCAUUUCUAACCUAUCACUAACCCCCUCUUCAUAGCUUUUACUCGGCUAUUACUCAUUAGAUGACAGGACAAGAUAGAAACUCUUUGCACGGUUGACAACAACCAGAACAGAAGCUCGUUUUUUUUUUUUUUAAUAUACAAAAAAAAAAAAUAUAUAUAUAAACAUUUAAAAAUAAUAAUAAUAAUAGUUCAAUUAAUUUUUUUAUUUAAACGUGCUUAUUUAUUUGUUAUUAAUCAUAAAACUUGUUAUGUUAGUUUGAGUUACUAGUUGUUUUUAAAUUGGUUAGUUUUUUUUUUUUUUUUCUUUUCAAUUUUGUUAUUGUAUUUUAAUUAUUGUUGUUAAUAUAAGUGGAGGUGAUACGGUUAGGUAGUGCAAUUUCGUCACGUGUCUCAAGUGAUAAUUUAUUGCGUGUUUUCUUGACCAAGAUACAUUGAAAGAAAAAAAUGUUAAAUUUAAAUUUACCGGGCACUUGAGUGAAUUAUUCGAUAAACAGAUACAUUAUCCAAGUUAAAUUUUUUUUUUUUUCGUGAUUAUUUAUUUCAUCGUGAAAGAAGAAAUUGGUGAAGGCAGUUAAUACAGUCUACAAAAAAAUCAACAUGUCUUACCUUGCUCUGGAUUCCAACGCUUGGCAGGAUCGUUUAACGGGUCAUGGUGGUAUAUCAUCAUUAGGUGGUGGUAAUUCAUCACCAUAUUCUGGUGGUCAUCAUCAUGGUCAUCGUGGUAAUGGUAAUGGUGGUGGUGGUAUGCCACAUCAUGGUGGUGCAUCAUUAUCAACACCAUCAGAUUUUCAACCACCAUAUUUUCCACCACCAUUUCCAACUCAUCAUCAUGCACCAGCAAGUCCACAACAUGGUCUUGGACAACCACAACAUUUGGAUUAUCUUGUUAGUGAUCCAUAUACACAAACCCUUAAUACACUUCAUCAACAUCAUUAUAAUCAUCUUAGUGCUGCUGUUACGGCUGGACAAAGAACUGGUGAUCUCAGAAGAGAUCCUGAAAGUAUACAUGUGACGAAUAUGCACGCAUCUUUUCCAUAUGAUGGAAGUCGUGGAAGUGCUGGGGGUGGUGGUGGAGGUGGUGGUGGCGGUGGAGGAAAUGGACGGGGUGUUGAAUAUGGUGUAAGACGUCCGGAUGCACUUUUACCACAACCUGGACUUGAUCAAACUGACCUUGGUCUACAUUCAAAUCUCGUUGACGACACUCAGGUGAGCGAUGAUAACACAAAUGUCGAUGAUGGAGGAUUUAUGAAUGAUUUGCCUCUUUUAAAAAACAAUAUGAAACAGUCAGAUCGAGGUGAAAAGGGAAUGCUGUCAGGCAACACACAAUCAGCUGAUGUUUUUUGUUCAGUACCAGGAAGAUUGUCAUUAUUAAGCAGCACCAGCAAGUACAAAGUCACUGUCGCCGAGGUACAAAGACGAUUAUCACCACCAGAAUGUCUAAAUGCAAGUCUUCUUGGUGGUGUACUUAGAAGGGCCAAGUCUAAAAAUGGAGGUAGAUUAUUGAGAGAAAAAUUAGAAAAGAUUGGAUUAAAUUUACCAGCUGGAAGAAGGAAGGCUGCUAAUGUUACUCUUUUAACGUCUCUAGUUGAAGGUGAGGCUAUUCACCUUGCCAGAGAUUUUGGAUAUAUUUGUGAGAAUGAAUUUCCGGCAAAGCCUGUUGCUGAAUACCUUAGUCGACAACACUGUGAACCACAAGAUUCAUACAGAAGAAAAGAACUUCUUCAUGCCACCAAACAAAUUACCAAAGAAUUGGUGGAUAUACUUAAUCAUGAUAGAUCACCACUUUGCAACACAAGACCGCCUCAUAUUUUGGAACCAAGUGUACAAAGACAUUUAACAAAUUUUUCAUUAUUAUCACAUGGAUUUGGUAGUCCAGCAAUAAUUGCUGCACUAACAGCAUUUCAGAGAAUUUUAAAUGAAUCAUUGAAUCAUUUGGAAAAAAUAUAUCCAGGAAAUAGUGGUGGUGUUACAAGCAGUCAACAAUCUGGUCUUGAUGGUAAUAAAAAUAAAGAUGGUAAUUUAAUGAAUGAUAUGAAAAAGUGACGUUCAGAGGACCCGCCUACCUCAAAUAUGGUAACAUCAAUAAGCGAUUCUUGGCCCUACAAUAAUUAAAAAAAAAGAUAUUAAUAAAUAAAUUUUGUUAUUCAUAUAUGAAUGACUUUAUAAGUUUGUGCACAUGGAGGUUGGCUGGUCAAUCCAACGAAUAAUUUAUCUCAAAUAAUGAUAGAUAAAAAAUUAACGGAGAUUAAAUUUAAAAAAAAAAAAACAAAAAAAUUUGAAUAUUUAAAUAAAUAAUUAAACUAUUGAAAAAAAAAUAAAGAGUAAUAAUAAUUUUUAAAAUAAUACAAUUGUAUAAAUAUUUAAAUUAAAUCACAAUGGCAUAUGUCGUUAAUAUUGAUAUGAAAUUAUGUCAAAAUGUGGUUAAAAUUAUAAAAUUAAAAUAAUAAUUAUUCAAAGAAAAAAUAUAAAAAUCUCAGCUUGAGAGAUACCUGGACCAUAUCAAUUGAUUUUAUUAUUAAUUUUACUUAAAAAGAUAAAAAAAAGAAAAUUAAAAAUUGUAAAUAUUAUUAGUUGUUUUCAUGUUUUACAAAGCCCUAAAAAAAAAAAGUGCUAUAUUAUUAAUCGUAAAUUGUGUAUUUUUAAAUUUAGAUAUAGCAUUUGUGAUAUACAUACUCAAAUUGUAUUAAAGCUCUAACAGCUUAAUAUAUUCGUUAAAAAAAAAAAAAGUUUAAAUCUAAAUGUGUAUGUAUAUCAUCUUAACUAGCUCUCUUUUAAUAAUAAAUUUAUUUUUUUUAUUUUCUUUAUUAUAUCAUUUUAAUUAAUUAUCAUUUUUUUAUUAUAAAAAUUCAUAAAUUAUUUUAAUUCAUACGUAGAACAAAAAAAAACAGUGAUGGGAUUUCUUCCUCGUUAGUUCAAACAAUGACGAAUUAUAAGAUUGAAAAUUAAAAAUAUUGUUCAGCAAUAGUAG